GAAAAAUUAAGGCAACCAAUGAAAACGCAGCAAAAAGGAGAGGUAUAGUUAGAUAGAGAGCGCGGGUGGCUGUAGAAGAAGCUCUCUGAGAUCCAGCAGCGACUAAACACACUGAUGAUCCAGCAUGAGGAGCCAGUCCUUCCACUAACAUGGAGAAGUACGAAAAGUUGAAGAAAAUUGGGGAAGGUUCAUUUGGAAAGGCCAUCCUUGUCAAAUCCAAAGAGGAUGGACACCAAUACGUCAUCAAGGAGAUCGGCAUAUCUGCAAUGUCGAGUAAAGAGAGGCAGGAAUCUCGGAAAGAGGUUGCGGUUCUGGCCAACAUGAGUCAUCCCAACAUCGUCCAGUAUAAGGAGUCUUUUGAAGAGGGGGGCUGCCUGUAUAUUGUGAUGGAUUACUGUGAGGGCGGAGACCUCUUCAAGAAGAUCAACUCUCAGAAAGGAGUGCUGUUCUCAGAAGAGCAAAUCAUGAAUUGGUUUGUGCAGAUUUGCCUGGCACUGAAGCAUGUGCACGAUCGGAAAAUCCUCCACAGGGACAUCAAAUCACAGAACAUAUUUCUGACGAAAGAUGGGACGGUGCAGCUUGGAGACUUUGGGAUUGCAAGAGUGCUGAACAGCACUGUUGAACUGGCAAGAACCUGUAUAGGCACUCCAUAUUACCUGUCACCAGAGAUCUGUGAAAACAAACCGUACAACAACAAAAGUGAUAUUUGGGCCCUAGGGUGUGUCCUGUAUGAAAUGUGCACUCUUAAGCAUGCUUUUGAAGCCGGCAACAUGAAGAACCUGGUUCUGAAGAUCAUCCGCGGCUCGUACCCUCCCGUGUCCAUUCACUACUCCCAAGAACUGCGCUCUCUCUUGGCUCUGCUGUUUAAACGCAGCCCUCGAGAGAGGCCUUCAGUCAGCACCAUACUGGACAAACCUUUCCUCACCUGCAGGAUAGAGAGGUUCCUCACACCCCAGAUCAUCGCUCAGGAAUUCCGCCAUACUUUUCUUCACAAGCAGCCUAAAGUGGGUGUGGUGCAGGGACCACCAGCCAAGCGUCCUGCCCCUGGCUCCACACCACUCUCCCCAGCCCAGAAGAUUACCAAACCAGCUUCUAAAUACGGAGUGCCUUUAACUGCGAGGAAGGUGUCGGAUGCAGCUAAAAAGCCUGCAGAGAGGAAACCGGCUGUAAAGCAUAAACCGGCCCCUCUCCCAGCAGCCCCCCAGAGAAGAGUGAGUCAAGUGGAGCAAGAGAGGAAAAAACAUGAGGAUGGAAUGAGAAAGAAAAGGAUGGAGUUGAUUGAGAAAGAAAGGAACCAUAGAGAGCAGAUGUUCCUGUUGAAAGCGGAGCAAAUGAAGAGAUAUGAAAAGGAAAAGAUCAAUCGUAUAAACCAGGCCAGAGAACAAGGCUGGAAGCACGUCUUGAGUUCUAGUGGAGGAAGCAGCCCAGAGAGGAAGUGUUUUGUAGGUGGUGGAAAGAGGGCCGUCCCAAGCUCCGGUCAGGGUCCUAACCCUUCAGCCUGUCUCCCGAGUAAAACCCCAUAUGAACACUACCACGCUGCUCUGGACCAGGUGGCAAAACCACAGCCUAAAGCCGUCAGCAGAGAGGGAUCCUCCGCAGGACCAGGCAGUCCCAUUCGUGUACCGGCUGCUGCUGGCCCGGUGCUGCCCAACGGCCCGGCCCGACUCCUAAACUGUGACGCAAUCAAGAGAGAGCUGCAGAAGCUGCAGUACGUCUCUAAACCGGUCCAUGUUAGCAGGGCGCGUGGUCAGGCGGCUGGUGGACGAUCUUAUCAAGUUGAGGAGUUUUUACAGCGGAAGAGAGAAGCCAUGCUCAACAAAGUUCGUGCUGAGGGACAGCUGGGAACUCGGCAAAACCUGGCAGCCGUCUAUGGAAGCCGGGCUGGUUCGCUUCGUUUCAGGAGACCCAAAGCCAACAAAGAGGAGGAGGAGUACUUGUCAAGACUGAGGCAGAUCCGCUUGCAGAACUUCAAUGAACGUCAGCAGAUCAAAGCCCGACUCAGAGGAGAGAAGUAUGACAGUGAUGGGUCUGACAGCCAGGAGUCCAGCGAGGAAGCGGAGCAAAGGAGAAAGAAGAUUGAGGCUUUGAAAGCCCAAGCAAACGCCCGUGCUGCUGUACUGAAAGAGCAACUAGAGAAGAAGAGGAAAGAAGCUUAUGAGAGAGAAAAGAGAGUUUGGGAGGACCAUCUUGCAGCUCGGGGGGUGAAGGUUGGCGUCAUGGCACCAGGAAACGUAGAGGCGGCAGAAGCAGCAUCAUCUACCUCUGACAGUGCUCCUCCUCAACCCAGUCCCUCUCAGCCAGAACCAGCUGCCAAAGCUCCAGAUCUGCCUGCAGCGAUAUCCAUGACCGCUGCCCUGAAGAACGUCGGAGCAAUUACUCCACUAAAAGAAAAGUCCUCUGAGCCAGAGACUGCCAUGGUCAUCCAGAGUGAGAAAAAGCAGAUUCUACGCAGACUCAACCAGAACCUAAAAGCCCAGAGUCCAGUGGAGGAACAGGAGGAGUCACUUCCACCCCCUGCAGAACCGAGUCCUUCCCUGCAACAGAACCAGUCCGACACGGAGAAACGCCCCCCUUCCAACGGAGACCGGAAGAAGUGGGACGCAGCAGAACUGCCUGUACUUCCUGUGGCUCAGCAGACCUUAGAGGAAACCUGCACCACCACAGCCUCAGCCGCCUCAGUGUCUCCAGAUGAUCGACCGUCUUCUGCAGGAGACAGGAAGAAGUGGGAGGCAGGAGUUCCUCUCGUCCUCUCUGUAGCCCAACAAACUCUAGAGGAGACGUGCUUCAGGACCAUUGAGCAAACAGCGGGUGAAGUCAUACAGAUGGGUGGGCUGCACGAAGAAGCUCCUAGGAAGGUGUGGAGAUCGAGUCCAGAUUCUCUGGUGCUAAGAGUCCUUCAGGAGGCCGAGCUUCAGCCUCUCACCCAGCAGCUGGAGAAUGUCACCCUCUGUGAGGAGGAGUUUUUCAGCCCUGAUAAGCCUCAACAGACAGCUGCAGCUGAGGUUGUGAAGACACCUAAAGAAGUGUUGCCCUCUAAGCCAACAGCGUCUGCUGUGGUUCAGAGCCCAGAGGUCCAGGAGGAGAGAGCACACCCAACAGAGGUCUCGCAUCAGGAAACGUCUGUGGCCGGUGCCGUAGAGAGAGUGACACUGCCGCCCGACCUCACUGAGAUUCAGGAUCCAGCAGACAUGGAGUCGGUGGUUUUGGAAGAGACGCCUAAACAGGCCUCACAUCCUCCAGCUGGUGUGCAGCCGGCGUGGGAGCAGGAAGCCCGACAGACAAUGCCACCAGAGGGCGUUAUAAGACCUGCAGGCUCUAAGGAGGCUGAGAAGAGUUCAGAGAAACCAGCUGAAUCUUCUGGUCUAGCACCAUGCGAGGAGCCCUUGUUUAUGAAGUUGUGCUCCCCGGCCCACCGACGCACCGCUGCCCUGGCGCUCCUCUCGGCCCAGUCCUCCAUGGACGAGUCCUCCUCCUCUCUGGCCUCACGCUCACGCUCUGUCUCACCUCUGCGCUCCAAACACCACGACGCCCUCCUCAUUGGCCUCUCAACGGGCAUGUUUGACUCCAACAACCCCAAGAUGCUGCGGACCUGCUCUCUACCAGACCUCAGUCGUCUCUUCAGCUCCCAGAAGGACUCUGCAGCGACGGGUGAUGCUCAUGUUGCCCCGGACAACAACCUGGAAAUCGAGGACCUGGAGGAGGAGGCGGCUAAAGACGACGACCAGUCAGAGACUGAAGAUGCAUAUGAGGAUGAAGACCUGCGGGACAUCCGGGCCUCCAUGGAGAGACUGCUGCAAGAAGAGGUCGGUGCAGGAGACUUUAAUGGAAACCCUCCAGAGGGAGAAGACCAAACGCUCUUCAACAGGAUAGCAGCUGAGAUCAACCAGGACAACAAUCAGAUGGCUGUAGAUGAUGAGGAUGAUGAUGAGGAUGAUGAAGAGGAGGAGGAUGAGGAGGAAGAAGGCGAGGAGGAGCAGGAGGAUGAGGAUGAGGAGGACGAGGAUGAGGAAUGCUCUAAUGGGAGUCCUGGUGAUGAGGAAGCAGGGGAGCUGCUUAGCAACGGUGUCGGAGAGGAGAACCACAGUAAUGACAGCCAGCUCAACGAGGAGUGGCAUUCAGAUGGCAGCGGUGAGGAUCUCCAGGGCGGAGAGGCUGCGCAUCACGACAGCAUCUUCAGUCGUCUGGAAGAACUUCGCUUCAACCUGGAGCAGCAGAUGGGCUUUGAGAAGUUCAUCGAGGCCUACAAUAAGAUUAAGGCUAUCCAUGAAGACGAGGAUGAGAAUAUUGACCUGGGCUCCAGUUUGGUCCUGAGCAUUUUGGGAACUGAGCACCAGCAUCUGUAUCCCAACAUCCUUCAUCUCGUGAUGGCAGAUGGUGCAUACCAAGAAGAUAAUGAUGAAUAAUGUUCGGUGCAGUGGAGCCGCUGGCAGCUACGACAAUCUGCUAGCUAUCCGAUGUCUUCCCAUGACGCACAUCACUGGCAGAAGGAUCUAUGCAUGAAAGGUCGCAGCCGCGCAUCUACCAGUGUUUCAGGCACACUUGCAUGAUGAAUAGCUAGUUACACUCCAGGCUGUAUUUCUUAUGUUUGACUAUCAGACACUAUUUUCUAAACCAGUGUUCAUUCAAAAGUGCAUUAUCAAAUACACGUUCUUAUUAACCAAAGUUAUCUUCAGAGUUCUGUCAGAUGUUUAUGAAAGUCUUUAUCAUGUAAAUGAAUGAAACACAUGUUCAUAUGUAAACUGUGUUGUGUUUCAGUUUGUUGUUGGUUCAGUUGGAAUCCCCCAGUGGCGUUUUAUUUUGGCGGGUAAAGAUCUGGUCCUCUCAGGUGCUCUCUCUUUCUAACUGUCACGUACUCGACCGUAGCUUCAAAUCUUAAAACCAGGUCGCCCUCAAAGCAAGUGUACCGUGGUUUACUCAGAACCAGUUCAACCUCCUUUUUUCUUACCAAACAAAGAAGUUAAAUAUGAUCUAAUACAUUUUCCACCUUUCUUACUGUUUCCCAAAUUUAAUCAAAAGAUGUGUGUGAGUUUGCUGUUUGUUGCCAUGGUAAUGUAGCAAGACUGUGAUGUAGUGGACCGGGUCAGAUUGAUGUUCAGAGAGUUGUACAGAUGAUGUAAGCAAUGGUACAGAUAAUAACAUUAACAAUAAUAAUUCAUAUUUGAGUAUAAAUUAAAUAUUGUAAAUCUUUAUAAGAAAUAAACACUUUUUUUAAGAACCUGA